CAAGCUCUGUGCGCGAAGAUUUGUUUCACUUGGCUCGCUACUGCCGUUAGCUGCGGUUCAUUGUCCGUUUAAGACCGCAAAACAUAACAGUUACAGUUAACUUUCUACAUUACAAAUAAAUAGCAACUUUUAACUAAAACUUUGUUAUUAGUGCCAAUAUAAAAUAACGGUAAACAUGUCUAAAAAUUAUUGUCAACUGUCGGUCUUCUUACUCGUGUCCAUUUUCUGCCUAACCCAAGCAAAGCCGCAAGAAGUGGUGUUAUAUGAGGGCGAUGAGUGCGUUACAAACAGUUAUGAUGGCAUCUGUUCGGUGGAGAAGCAAUGCCCGCAUUUAGAGGCUACGAUGACUGGAAAAGGUCUGCUGGCCAGAGAUGUCGGUCACUGCGGCUAUACGGUCUACGAGGAAAUCAUUUGUUGUCCUUCAAACAAACCGGAACGCCCAAUAUACAAUAAAUAUUUCGCACCCUUGAUUAUUCAACAAUCGAUAACAUUAAUUAUCACCUCGACCCCGAAUACGUUCAUACAAACGGAGAAAAUCGGCGAUCAAUUGCUAUUCAGCCAGUUCAAUACGACACUGCUCAAUUAGUAUUAUAAGCACAUCUUCCAUAUUAUUAAGUGUAAGCCACGAGAUAUAUAAUAUAUACAAACACAUACAUUUGUACCUACAUAUUUACAUAUUAGCAUGAAUACAUAUUCGUUUGUAAUAUCUCAUAACAGACUGUAAUAAAUUCAUUGUAAUCCAAAACAAAAAAUUCCCAUGAAAUUUAAUCAGUGUUAAAUAUGCGCUUAGCACCUCGCUAUGUACAUUGCAUGCACAUAUACACAUAUAUAUAUAAUGUAAAAGAAAUAUGUAUUUAGUAAAAUUAUAGCUUUCGCUCACUUUUCGCGUGAUGCGAGUGAACUUUCA